UGUUGUGUUCUGCUGUGUUUCUGCUGUAAUCGCGCAGUAUGUAAGCGAGCACCAAACGAGAAAACGUGAACUGCAACCAGAUUCUGACUCUUCUUUGACAGUUAAUUUGGUCGAGGAUAUUCUGCUGAGCAAUGCUGCCAGAGAAUUGUGUUAUGUGCAGCUUUGAUACCAAAUGCUAUUGAAGCAUUAGAAGAGGUGAACAAAACCAUGGAUCAAGCAAAAUCUCACGGUGUGGAUCAUCUCUUCCUCAUAAGACAGGAGUUUAUCGGACUUCAUGGUGCCUUGCUUUUGCUUGUACUGAACUGGUACUAACUAGCAAUUAAAUCACCACACUUAGUGUUGUGCUCUCUACUAAUCCAAUAUGAGUGACCGGAAGCGUACUGCUAGCAAGGUGUCCCUAGGCAUGCUGAAAGGCAAGCCUAUGUCCACAUCAGUGCCAACUUUCCGUUUCCAUGCUGGUGAAGAUGAGAUAGAACAGAUUUAUCCUGAAAUUGAAGAAGAAACGGUGGAGAAGGAAAACACUUCCCCUUCUAAAAAUGACACAUUGUCAGUCACACCACCGACUGCACCACCCCGAAGUCCGAAGCAUGGGCGCCUUCACCACAAAACAAAUAGUGGAGUAGCUUCAGGGGACGUUUCACCUGUUCAUACUAGUCUCAGCACUGGCAGUCUCAACAAGCGGUCAAGUAGUAUGGAUACUGGCAUCGUUGAUACUCCAGGUCACAAUAGUGGCUGGGGCCUAUUCACAGAUAUCAGAGGAAAAAUAAGUCGAACUGUAGAAGAAAUCAAAAGCGAUCGCCAACGGGGAGAGGCUCCCAAGCUAAAUCAAUCUCUAAAGGAAAACACCAGUUUCAGUGAUUCUGAAGAAGCCUCAUCUUCAGAAUCUAAUCAAGUUCCAAGCAAUAAUUUAUCAACAUCAGAUUCUGUAUCACAACUCAGUGGGGUAUCUGGACUAUCAAGUUUAUCUACCACCCCAACAACUCCCUCUACCAUGCCUAUUGGUCAGAAAAAUAACCAAAGUAGUGGAAAAUGGCAUUACAAGUUUCUUGGAGAACGGAACAAUGAUGAAGAGAAACCUAAAACUUCGCGUCCGACUACACCAGUUAAAUCCAUGGAGGAUAAAGGUGCUGCAAAGUCUAGUCGAGCAGGUUCUGUGCCCUUGGUUCAUGAGGGCUCCUCUAUUUCUCCACAAAAGCGUGCCACCUCAUUAAGAUCCCGCUUCAGACCCAAAAUGGCUGAACUUCGAAAUAGAAGGAAGAAAGUUAGUGUAGACUCCCGGUCUAAUUCUUCUUUGAGCAGUGCUCUGUAUGCAGCGGAUGGUGAUGAAACUGAUGAUGAUGUUGAGUCUGGAGUGGAGGCUCUGGAGGAACCUUGGGAAGAUGCCAGCAGCAUUCCUCGCUCUUCAUCAGCCCCUCUUGGAACAACUCUGAGCAAUAUGCAUCAAGGGCAAGAACAAAUACAAGAACUCAGCUUCAAAUGCAUUCUUUUCAAUCACAAAUUUGUCAUCCUACUUGCUUGCCUACUUGGUGUAGAAUGGACCAUUUCACUUUCAUCAGUUUUUGUUCAUAUAUUGGUUGGCAUUCUGCUGGUCCUUUCAGUCCAGGAAGAAAAACAGACACUUCUUACUCCAGGACCUGGGAUUGCUGGCAUGCACAUGGGCAAUAAGCCUUUUGAAAUUCCUGACUACCGUUCUUUACCAGUGCUUCAGGUUCCUGCGGCAAAAGAAAUAUUUCCUACUGAUAGUUUCCAGGGGUGGAUGAAUGAGCUGAAUGGUACUUAUGACACAAAGUCUUACCACAUCAGCAUGACUGAAUCCGUUCAUGUGAGAUUGGAUGGUUCUUGCUUGGCACUGUCUCACACAAGAACUAAAGUAUCAAAACGAGCAAUGUGGAAUGAAGCCCCAAUCAGAAGUGUGCAGUUCACAGAUGAGCGUAUAUUUGAUAUUAGGGGGUGGCAGGUCAAACUCUUACCUGAAGGUAUUACAAGAAGAAGACAAUGGAGCAAGAAGUACCCAAUCUGCCUAAUUAAGUGUGAUGAAUGUGACACUCUUAAUCAAGAUGAUCUAAGUUUUAGUGGAGAGGAACAGAACCUUGUGAAGAAGGAUGAGAAAGAUUCACGACAAACUCGCUCAAGUUCAUGCCUGACCACAGCCAAAUUUGCAAAAGGUUCUAACUCCACCGAUUCACUUGAGGUUCUACUCCUUUCAGCAGAACCUCAGAAAGAGACCUCCAAGUCUGAAAAGAAAUCUCAUAAAUCAGGAAACCUGGAGGAUACUGACAAAAGCUAUGAGGAUAAUAAAGCAUCAAAAGGGAAAUCAGAUCCUACUGAGAAAGACAUUAGUGAUAUUGACGAUGAGUCAUUUUGUGUCAUCAGUUCAGAUAUGACUUCACAAAACUGCCUUUACCUAUUUGCCCGAGCAGAUAGAGAAAAAGAGGAAUGGUACAGAAGAUUAGCUGAAGCUGUCAGAGAAAAUGAAAUUCAUUCUCUCCCUGUUACACCUCAGAGAAGUAAUGCUCCUACUCCAACUAUAGGAGGAGAGCUACCACAGCUUACACCGGAGGAGGCUUUGGUGACCAUGGGGGAGUAUAUGCGCUACAUGCAGCAACUCUAUCUUGAGCAUAAGAUGUAUCCUCCACGCAAUAAGCACCACCCAUCAGUUAAAGAAGAUAAAAAGGCUAAAGAAAAGGACAAGGACAAAGAAAAAGAAAAGGAUAAGGACAGAGAAAAGGACAAGGAGAAGGAUAAGGAUCAUGAUAGGGAUCACAUAGAAUCAAUGAUUGAGGAAGAGGAACAGAAAGCUGUGAUACAUGGUUUACCAAUGUCAUGGCUUAAUGCUAUUAUUGGCAGGAUUUGUUUCGAUCUUUUGCGUAGUCCCUUAUGGCGGGGAAGAAUUCAUCAAAGGUUGCAGAAGAAAUUAAGUACCCUUAAGUUACCUUACUUCAUGGAAGCACUCACCAUCACAGAAUUGGACUUGGGAAACACUGUCCCUGUGUUCCAUAGAGCUUCUCAGCCCUCUUUGGAUGUUCGUGGGCUGUGGGUGGAACUAGAUAUGACAUACCAAGGGAACUUCCGAAUGACCAUUGAGUCUAAGCUUAAUCUAAUGAAACUGAAGCGCAGUACUCCAGAAGACAAUAUUUCACUGGUUUCUUCGUCUUCAUCUUCAAUAAAUCUACCUGAGGUGUAUCCGAUUCUUGCUACAUCUGAGAUUUCAUCAAGCCGGUCUCCUGUAUUUGAUAGUGAUUUGGACGACUCGGCAGAAUCUUCUUCUGAUGAUGACACAAGUAGCAUUAAUACUGAAGAUGGGUCACACCGCCCAUCUGCCAACGCAUCAAGCAAAAAGGCUGGCAAAAAAAUAUUACGAAUGGUUGACAGAAUUGCUAAUUCCAAGUACUUCCAACAAGCUACUGAAAUGAAAUACAUAAAGAAGGCAAUGGAAGGUGUCUCAAACACUCGUAUUAUGUUGUCAGUUGAACUGAAAGGAUUGGUUGGGACAUUGGCAGUCAAUCUUCCACCUCCACCAUCAGAUAGACUUUGGUAUGGCUUUCAUGGGAAUCCAAAGCUAUGGCUAUCAGCCCAUCCAACUCUUGGUGAGCGUCAGGUUAACUUUUAUCAUAUUUCCAACUGGAUUGAGCAGAAACUGUGUCAAGAGUUUCAGAAAAUAUUGGUGUUACCAAAUAUGGAUGACAUUGUUAUACCUGUCAUGAAUCCGCACUUGCCAGUUUAAGGAAAGUCGCUAUUAUUUCUUUCUCUAAAAUUUAUUUUAUUUUAUGUUCCAUCCCCCCCCCUCUAGUGUAAACUCAGGAUCAGUAAGGAUAUUUAUCCUGGCUUAACUGGAGUGCAACUGGAGUCAUGCUUUGGCUUAAACCAUAGACUCAGUUUGUAAGUUACUCAUCAUGAAUCUUGCUAUGCCUGUUACAAAUUUGUCUCAUACUUCUGUCCAAUACUGACAUAUCUGUUUAAGACAAAAAAUAUGUCAUCCCUGCCUAAUAAUAAAUAGAAUCAAAAUUAUGUUGUGAUGUAUGAAACUGUUGUGGCUUCUCAUUUGGGAAUAAUUUUGUCACCGAAGGUUUUUGUUUCAAAUCCCAACUUGAAUGGUGCAUCAUUUUACUUGGGCCCUGAAUUAAAAUUCAUUUGUCUCAGUACUUAACUCUUCCUCAAUGGCUUAUCUAGCAACAAGCCUGUGAUGAUUUUCCAGUGAUCAUGUGGAACUUGCCACAGAAGAGCAGUUGUCUCGUAUCCUGUGAUUUUUUUAAUGGUAGAUGUGAUUUAGCUUGUAGACCUUAUUUAAAUUGUUUGAACUCCUUUUUGUUACUGUUGCAAUGAAAAUACGAAUCAGCUUCCUAAGCUCAAACAAAUUAACUUACAAUCUUGGUUUUACCUCCGAUUACUUUUGUUUGUCCAGGCUUACAAGUCUCCAAAAACUUUUUCUGUGAUACUUCAGUAACCAGUUACAGUAUCGUGCUUCCUGGAUGUUUCAUUUUCAUACUUGAGGGUGUCACUAACUAAUGUGUUGUGUUGUUUGUUGCAAUUGACUAAUCAAAUAUUUUGAACUGUUAUGUGUUUUGUUUUCUUUGCCAAAUUGAAUUGGCAUCUUGUUUCUCUAUUUUAUGUGAUCAAUGUAUUAAUGCGUAGUAUGUGAAUUGUGAAAAUUGGGUUUUCUUGGACUCUUAAUUAAGAAAGAGAUUUUGUAUUUGUUCUUUGAUAGAUUUAUCUACAGUUGGUUUCAUUUUGAUGAUGAAGCUGGCAUAUGGUAUAUUACAUUGGGCUAGAACCUAAUGUGGCUAGGUAACUUAAGCUGUGUAUUUUACAUGCUUCAUUUAAAUCUUGAUUUUUUGAAGAUAUUUUUCUAUUGGAUAAUAAUUUAUUGCUGUGGUUUGUUAUUAUUGGGGGAGAUUUAAUUAUUUUAAUAUCAGUAUUCUGUCCAGGAAAUUUUUUAUUUUCAAUAGUAUUUGGUGACCUUAGAAUGCAAAAUAUUUUCCAGUUACCUUAUUCGACUUCUUUGAAGUAUUGAGUUCAGUCCUCAGAAAAAUUCGGUUUAUAGUUUUCUAUUGUGAGUAUUACUAGUGGGUCCCCUCUUUAAACAUAUUUCCUGUUGUUCAGAUUUGGGCAGGAUUUUGUAUUAUUGUGCCUGGAUCUUGAAUAAGAACAUCACCAAUAACUUCUUUAAGACACAUUAGGAAGUCCAAGUUCAAAGACAUUCAUUUUUAUUUGGUGUUUUUUUUUCACAUACUUUAAGUUUAAUGUGAUGUUGUUUGUUUCUUUCUUAACUUUUUCGUUUGUGUGUGUGUGUGUUAGCAGUGUGUACAAGGCCAUAGCCAGCUACACAUGUUGAAGUAAUUUCUGGGUAUUAAAUAACUAACUUAGUUUGAUGUCAAUGUCUUUCGUGUAGAGCAGUUCUAGAGUCCUAGAGAAUAACCAAUGUGUAGCUCUGCUAAAGGGUUGUUUCGUGUGAAAAAUGUCAGAAAUGCUACUAAUUUUACUUUGAGUUCACUUAACUUCAAGACUUGUUUAUUUUAUUCAUUAUCUUUUCUCUACAUUGACAAAUGGUUUGGAGUAUGUUGUCUUCUUCUCUAUAUCUUUCUUUUGUAGAAGACCUCACUGAUUGUUUUAGUGUUACUGCGACUGACUUGUCUGCCUUUCCAUUAUUUCUAUUGUAUGUGGAGCUAUAUGAUAUGUGCAUUAUUUAGAAAGCCUAUUACAUGUAACUUCUUGUGACACAAAUUCAACACUUACCUUUCUAUGCUUAAAAUGGUGUCUGUGCUAUUAAUGUUCAUGCUUAAUAGUUGGAUGUUGCUUCAAACAGGGAAUAAUCAACCUUAAAAAUCAUCUUCCUGUGGAAUAGAGAGAUCAGAAUUAGGACCUUAUUGUAUUUUAUUUAUCCCUCCUUUUUUUAAUUUUUCAAAUAAGACUGUGAAGAAUUUGAUUUUGUGAAAUUCUGAUCUCUUGCAUUGAGGACUAGUAUCUUUGAAAUGUGAAUCAGAGGCUAUGGGAUCAAAUUUAAAUUAGCCCUUUAGCCAAAGGGAGGGAGCUUAGUGUUGUGUGUACUUUUUAGAACGGGUCUCAAUUAAGUCUGCCAAUCAUCAGAUUGUUUUGGGCCUUUUCAUAUUCAAAAUAGUUGUGAUGUGUCUUGGUGAUGGGCAAACUACAAAUUAGUAUCUUAAAACAAUAUUAGGGACUCUCAGAUGUCUUUCUUCUAGUCAGUUCAGCUUAGUACCACAUUUACCUGUGCUUCCUCACCCUUUGUAUGAAAAUCAAUUGGUAUUCCAUCAAUUGUUAAGAAAUAACGUACCUUGUUGUAUUGUUUAUUUAUCUUUUAUUGCCUUCUGGCCAAGCCUCCUCUUAUGUCCAUGACCAGAUUGCUGUCUUGCCACUAUUUUGUGAUAUUCUGUUUUCUGUUUCCCCCCUUUUUUUAGCGACUAUAACUUGUCUGUUGGUGUUGAAAAGUGUAGAGAACGAGUUCCAAAGAUGAAAAUAAAUGUGGUUUUCAGUGUGAUAAA